UCCCCGGCGGAGGGAUUCAGUGAAGGUUGUCGGUGAGGCGUCCCUAGCUGUCUCCCGGGGCAGGAGGCGCGCACGCAGAGCGGGUAGCACCUUCCCCUCAGGCGGGGCGCGGGGAGCCUUGCCCAGGCGACAUGGAGGCCAGAGGCAGCUCGGCUGCAAAGGAGGGGCGAGCCCCAUCUGUCCCGCAGGACCCUGGAUGUCCUGACUCAAUAACAUCCCCAGAGGCCAAAAGAGGAAGUUUGUAUGAAGACUGGCUCAUAAGGGUUUACUGUCCAGGAUCCCAAUGCAUGUAUGAUGUGCAAGCUCCAGAACAGCCUGUCCAGAGAAUCUCACCAUCAGUGUCCGAGAAGAUCAGAACAAUAAGCACUCUGUGCAAAAGAAAAUCUUCAAAAGAUUGGCUAAUGCAGGAAUCCUCAACUCCUUUGGAGCCCUGUUCAGGAGCACCUAACAUGGGUGGUUCAGAAAACCAAUGGUUACUAAAGCUGAAAUGUCCAAGGUCCCAGACAGAGUAUGACCUGCAGACUCCAGAACAGAGGGCCACUUCAUCCCUGGCUAGGAGCAGAUCCCCAAGCACUUUUGGCAGAAGUGCUUCUGAAAGGAAAAAAGCUUGUGAAGAUUGGCUAACACAGAAGCGGUUUUCUCAAGUGCAGGCAGUAUCUAAUGAAGGCCAAGAUAUUAUUGCUGCUACCCAGUCCAUCUUGGACAGAGAAAAUUAUUUUGUAAAGGAAGUGGACAAGUAUUUGAGACACAGAGAUUUCUUAGAGCUGAGAAAGAAGGAGAUCCAGUACAAGAAAUGGCUGGAGUGUGUUUCAGAGCCGCUGCUGCAGAAAAUUGAGGACAAAGUUGACAGCCAGUCAAGUGAAGAAAUAGAGGAAAGGAAACGAAAGCAGCUCUCUCUAUAUUUAAACUACUGUAAUAAGAAGGGUAAGGUGGCUUUGGAAGAUUAUGAUUCUUCAGAGUACGACUCUCUCUUCCUGAAUUCACAUCCCACCUAUCUGAAGGUGUCAAUUCCACCUUUACAUGAUCCGCUGUUAAAAGAGGUGCAAGGAAGAUUUCUUGAGGGCAGGCUUAUCCAGCAAUGUGAGACAGGAAGAAUAUACUCGGCCAAAGAAAUGAACGACCUAUAUAAGGCAAAGUUGCCAUUGCUUCCUUUAGGCCGGCAAAAUAUGGAUGCAGCUGAAUGGCUGAAAAUACCCCCAGGAUACAUAGAAAGUGAGAUUCGGCAGAGGAAGAGGCGAAGGGUGAAGAGAAACCAUAACGCUGGCACCCUGGACUUCAAGGCCUGGGCUGACAGCACGUGUCUUCCCACCCUUUGGAAAGAGGAAAUGUAUAUCUACUAGAAAGUUGGUCCUGGGUGCACAUCCCAAAUCUUUCUGCCAAAGCAACUGACCACUUGCCAGUUAUCUUGACAAAAUGCAAUAAAACCAGCUUGCUAACCAUUCCUUUCUGAACUGCCAAUUGCAUAACAGUACAAACCCCAAAGAAAUGCAAAGUACUCUGCGCUACAUGGAUUUCCAGCCCCAGUAACAAUACUGUACAGAUUAAAAAUCUGAGAAAGUUAAAAUGGCAGGAGCUUCAUUUAAAAAUGUCACUGCAUAGAGACAGAUGACAAUGCUAAAACACUGAAGUUUAUCACAAUGCUGUGAAAUGUUUGUAUUGAAAAGAGAAAUAAAUCACCGACAUUUUCCCUACCUUCCCAGCCAUUAUAUAGCCUUCUUAACAAUCCCAGAGACUGCCUAAUUAAACAGACAACAAGCGAGACAGGAAAAGGACAUUUCUAGAAUCUGCACAUUCCUACAUAAGGUGCUCUAUUACGACUCCAGGUCUGAUUUACUUCAGAUAUCAAAAAGUGCAGUGAAAACGUGUUAGGGAAAGCAGGUCCUUGGGUUGUCCUUUCCAAGACCUUGAAGGAGACCAACAUUCACUUACUAGUUCCAGAUCUUGUUUAUUUUCCAGUAGGCUAGAACUCUGAGGAUGGGGCACCUUGAGAAUCUCAAAAACAAAUCCUCCGUCUGAACAAUGAGCAAAUCAAAGUGCCCCUGGCCAGCCAACCUCAGUUUGAUGGAGGAAGGUAAGUGUAGCUUCUAUAGUAGUUAAACAACAUUCUCAAGCAACUGUUUGAGCUGGUAUUUACUUCACUGUUAAAACUUUGUACGUGAAAAUAAAUGUAUGCGUGUGAAAUAUAAAAUAAAGUU